AUGAUCAAAUUCCCUCAUACACUUGGCACUUCGAGUGCCAUCAACACCAUUGGAAAUGGUACCGAGCACUUGUACCUGGCUGGUUUGAGCGAAAACAACACGUCGGAAGCGUCCUGCAGUGGCGCACUCAUCGCCCCCACGUGGCUACUCACCCUGGCGGAAUGCGCCCCCAUGGCGAAGUGGGCUACGAUUGGAUCCAAGUGUGCAUCGGGUGAAGAUGAUUCCGAGCUGAUUGAAGUCGUUCGUCAAGUUCUGGACCCCGACUAUACCGUUUCCGUGACGCCGUACCACGAAUUGGCCAUGUUGGAACUGAAAACGCCAAGCAAGUACACACCAGUCAACAUAUCUUGGGACAGUUACUUGGACACCUCAACGUUGUGGGUGCGUGGGUUUGACACUUCCACGAUGAACAAGACCCUCGUGGAAACCACGGCGAAACUGUGGGGCUUCGACGAGUGUGACAAGUUCUACAGUGGUCACCCAGGAUAUGAACGAACACUUCACGGAUCCAUGCAGUGUCUUCGCGAAAUCCAAUGCCAGCAAAAUCGUGGCAGCGCGGUCAUGGUGGACGUCAAUGGUACAAGCCAAUUGAUUGGACUCACGUAUUGGCAAAGCCAGAACAACAGCAUCGCUCCAGCUGUCUACAUUCUCGUCGCAGCUGGAGAGGCGUUCAUUCAAUCCCCGCUCUCCUCGUGCGUCGACUACAGUUCCCUCCGCCUCUGGUCGAACCUCAACUCCACAGCCUACGGGCCCAUCGAAUUCGCCCACCACCACCUACCGUUCAACGUUCGACGUCGGUCCCGUCCAUCACACGCCCGACUAGCACGAUUGCGAAUCAACCGACUUCGGUCAUCUCAACUCCAAGGCCUUAUGUACCCACCAUUCCAACCUCCAGUCCUACCGCCUUCACUGUUCGUCCUUCGCCUGCCAAUCCAUCGACGUAUCGACCUGCGGGCACAACGAAAAGCCCCGUCGCCCCCGGAUCCUACUAAAGCUCGUUAA